AUGACCCAAUCAUCUCAACAACCAAACUACGCUUUGUCUUGUCACUCAAGCAUUGAUGAGAUCUUGGAAUCCAAUAGAAGAUGGGCUGAGAAGACCGAUUGGGAAGAACCUCAUUUGUUUUCCACAACAGGAGCAGGUCAAGAACCCCACACUUUGUGGAUUGGAUGUGCUGAUUCCAGAGUUAACGAGGACUGUUUCUAUGGUGUACUUCCUGGUGAAAUCUUUUCAACCAGCAAUGUAGCCAAUGUGAUCAAUAACGUUCAUGAUACUUCUUCUCAAGCUGUUAUUUAUUAUGCUGUCCACCAUUUAAAGGUUAAAAGAAUCCUAAUAGUGGGUCACACAGACUGUGGUGGUAUAAAAGCUUCUCUUUCAAUCAAAGAUAAGCAUAACACUGGCUUGCCAAAGCAAUUAAAUACUUGGCUAGAACCCGUUAUUGAUUUAAGGUUUAAGCACCAAAAGUAUCUAAGCCAAUUUAGUGAUAUUGAUGAAGCUGUUUCAAGAUUAUCUGAAUUAAAUGUCAAAGAACAAUAUAAUUACUUAACUACUCAAGAUGAAGCUGUUGUUCAUGGUUUACAAGAAAAAACUCUUGAAGUUUAUGGCUUGUUAUUUAAUGUAUCAACUGGUUUAUUAACUCAACUUAUCUAA